CCGCUCAUGGUGUGUCCGGACGCAUUUUUCAGGUGCACAAGUCAUCCACUUCCGCUUCACUGUUUCCGAGUUUCCUGUGUUUUUGGCUGAGGUGCUGUCGGAUUUAGUAACUAUGCAGCAGCGAGAGGAGAAGCAGCUGGAAGCAUCCGUUGAGUCUCUCAUUUCUCGAGUCGCACAUCUGAAGAAUUCUUUACAAAGCUUCAUCUAUAAACUGGAAAAUGAAUACGACAGACUGACAUGGCCCUCAGUGCUGGACAACUUCGCCCUUUUGUCUGGGCAGCUAAACACCAUCAACAAGCUGUUACGUAAUGAGAAAACUCCAUCCUACCGGAACCAGGUCAUCAUUCCCUUGCUGCUCUCACCCGACAGAGACGAAGAGCUGGCAAAACUGACAGAACAGCGAGUGCCUGUGUUUAGCCAUGAGAUUGUACCGGACCACCUGAGAACAAAACCUGACCCAGAAGUAGAAGAGCAGGAGAAACAACUGAGUACAGAAGCUGCUAGAAUCGGACAAGAAGUAGCUCAGAAACAGAUCCAGACUCUGAACAAACUUUGCUCAAGCCUUUUAGAGAAGCUUAACAACCCUCGUGACGACAGAGAUGCAGAAACUUCAGCCUUGCGUCAGAACAAACAGUGGUUUAACCCAACUGACACCAACGCUCUAGUGGCAGCAGUAGGUUUUGGAAAAGGCUUGUCCAAGUGCAGACCCCCUACUUCAGUGGCUCCUGGACAUCCAGGACAAAACAUGAUGGCGGGGGGGCCCACACUGCAGCAAGUGACCAUCGCUGGAGCUCCUGGACAUCAGGCUGGUAUCGGAGCAUCUGUGGCACAACAGCAGCCUGGCCAACCUGGUAAAAUGCCAAGCAGCAUUAAGACAAAUAUAAAGUCGGCCUCAGGUUCAAUGCAUCCUUAUAACCGAUAAGAAGCUGCAGGAGCUUGUGUCAGAAGGUCCUUAUGCAUCUGUAACAAGGAGAGCAAAAGAAUCUGUAUGUAUGUAUGAAUGUAUGUAAUGUAUGUUUUUUGUUUCAUAAAUAAAAUCUCUGUUCAUUUUGGCAA